GCCCGGAAGACGAGAAAGAGGAUCUUUACGCUCUCAUCCCAAUUCGGCAAAUUCCCAACUCGAGUGGAGUGUAAGCUAUUGGCCGAACGGUUUCAUCAUUUGAGGCAGUGGUGACUGGCGACUGCCAACGAUCCAUGGCUCCCAACUCCCAUCAGGCCAAGCUCAGGCGCAAUCCUCUUCAUCCCUUCACUAUUCUUCAUUAGUGGCUUUUUGAUUCUCUGUAAAAUCAGUAAGGAAAUGCAUUCAAUCUCCUAACCCAAGGUCCCGGAGCAGGUGUUGCCGUAAGGGCUUCGUAAAGUUUCCAUUUUGCAUUAUCUUGAAGAGUAAAGUGUUCUUCUUUGACCCUUUACUGUUGGUGCUCACUACUGAAAAGCGAGGAAACUCCUGGAAUUCUAGGCUGUACGGCCAACCCAAAUGGAUGAAAAUUCUGGUGAUUGUAAAACUUGGGAAGAGCAAAUGUUUUGGAACCAUUUUCAGUCCGUGCGUUUCACUCAAUUUCUCCGUGAUGGUUUUAAUUACCAGCUUGCAAUACCAGAAAAAUUUGCUAAACACUUAAAGAAAAAGCUCCCGGAUACCGUGACUCUUAAAGGUCCAAGUGGUUUUACCUGGGAUGUAGGAUUGACAAAAGAUGAGGAUACCUUGUUCUUUGAUCGCGGGUGGUCAACUUUUGUAAGAGAUCAUUCCUUAAAAAAGAAUGACUUCCUAACCUUUAAGUACAAUGGGGUGUCCCACUUCGACGUUCUAAUGUUUGAUGGACUGAGCUUGUGUGAGAAGGCUUCUUCAUAUUUUGUGAAAAAAUGUGUGCAUGCAGAACAUGACAGUGGAAGCCAAACAAAAAGGAAAGUGAAAGACUAUCUUGUUGAAAUUACACACACUUCCUCAGAAGAUGAUCUUGAACGCACUCCAGAGAAGUCUGAGGAAAAUGACAUUGACCAGGUGCAUUUACAGCAGCCAGUCUUAUCUACACCAACUAAUAAGAAGAAGUGGAUUGGAAAUUCUUCUCGUAGGCCCAUCCAAUCUAAGUGGAAAGUAGGAGAUAAACAAGUCUAUAGACCUGCUAGAGAAUUCCAGGUCAAACAUGAUUCAGAAUCAGAAAAUAUGUUUAUCAACGGAAAUCUGGAGCAUAGCCCUCUGCAAACAUCACAUGGAAGGCUUGUAACUGAAGAUCAGAAGAGGAAUGCCUUGCUAUUGGGACAAUCAGUAGUAAGUAGCGAAGGUUUCUUAAUAGUUAUGAAACCCACACAUGUGAAGAGAAAAUAUUUUAUGGCAAUUCCUGUUGGAUGGAUGAGUAGAUUCAUGGCUUUAGAACUCCAAGACGUGAUUCUACGUCUCAAUGAUAAUACAUGGCAGACGAGAUUUACUUAUUACACAUCUCGAGGUUAUGGAGGACUCACUGCUGGUUGGCGAAAUUUUGCCAUGGAUAACAACUUGGACGAACAUGAUGUAUGUGUAUUUGAAUGCGCCAAUCCAGCAUCUAAACCUCUCAUCCUGGAUGUUAAAAUUUUCCCUGUUUUACAAGCAGUGCUUCCUCUCAACGAAGUGCCUCCCGGUUGAUGCUGAAGUUGUAUAGGUUUGUCCCAGGGUGGUAGGGCCAGUGGUUAGCAGCAGUUCCCAUGCAGGGACCUUAUGACUGUUAUCAGUUCCUUUUGUAUUUUUUGGGAUUUGAACUUUGAAUGCCAUUCGAAGGCCACAAAAAGGAAAACAUUGAAUGCCUUUUAGUUGUAGGAUUAAAGGAAGCAGAGUUACUUCAGUUACCUUUGAAUUUGUUGCUAUAAAACAUAUAAUAUUAUGACAAAGUUUAUGUUUCUUCUUUCGUGAGAAUACUAGAUUGGAUUACAGUACUAGUUUAG